AUGUUGUCGCCACAAGCUCUUGUAGGAGCACUGCUGCUCUCAGCUGUGCCCUCGGCCCUGGCUGAUACGUGCAAGGCACCCAUUAACCACCCGGGAGAGCCUUAUAGCUAUGUUCAGCCUCGCAAUACGACUAUUCUGGCUGAUGGUCACUCUCCAGCUGUGUUUCCUUCGCCAAAUAUAACGGGCAAUGGUGGCUGGGAAGCAGCUGUGGUAAAGGCCAAGAGAUUCGUGAACAAGCUCACCCUUGAAGAAAAGUCCUGGAUGGCAACGGGUCAGCCUGGUCCUUGUGUUGGAAAUGUUCUUCCCAUUCCGCGUCUCAACUUCACUGGUCUUUGUCUCCAGAAUGGCCCUCAAUGUGUCCAGCAAGGUGACUAUUCCAGUAUCUUUGUUAGUGGUGUCUCAGCUGCCGCAAGCUGGGAUCGUCAAUUGUUGUACGAUAGAGGCAAUGCCAUGGCCAAGGAACACAAGGCCAAGGGCUCCCAUGUCAUCUUGGGACCUAUUGGUGGACCACUGGGCCGCAGUCCCUAUGAUUCUCGCACCUGGGAAGGCUUUGCGGCAGACCCAUACCUCACCGGUGUCUGCAUGGAAGAGACGAUCAACGGCAUGCAAGACGCGGGUGUACAGGCCAACGCCAAGCACUUCAUUGCCAACGAGCAAGAAACCCAACGAAACCCCUCUUAUGCCCCGGAUGCCAAUGAGACCACCUACAUCCAGGAUUCCGUCUCGGCAAACAUCAAUGACCGUACUCUCCAUGAGAUCUACAUGUGGCCCUUUGCGAAUGCCGUCCGUGCUAAGGUGGCUAGCGCUAUGUGCUCGUACAACCGUGUCAAUGGCUCCCACUCGUGCCAGAACUCUUACCUUCUGAAUCAUCUUCUCAAGGGCGAGCUUGGCUUCCAGGGUUAUGUCAUGUCCGAUUGGGGUGCUACCCACAGUGGCGUGGCUUCUGUUGAAAGCGGAAUGGACAUGACCAUGCCCGGAGGUUUCACCCUCUAUGGCGAGGAAUGGACCGAAGGAUCUUUCUUAGGCAAGAACCUGACCUCGGCCAUUAAAAAUGGCACCGUUGAAGUAUCUCGUCUCAAUGACAUGAUCGUACGCAUCAUGACCCCGUACUUUUGGCUGGGACAAGAAAAGAAUUACCCCAGCGUUGAUGCUUCGGUGGGCCCGCUCAACGUGGACUCGGCUCCUGAUACAUGGCUCUAUGACUGGAAGUUCACCGGCGAGACCAACCGUGACGUUCGGGCUAACCACAGUGCUAUGAUCCGCGAGCACGGUGCAUCCUCCACAGUCCUGCUCAAGAAUGAACGCAAUGCAUUGCCCCUUCGCAAGCCUCGCAACAUCGUGAUUGCCGGUAACGAUGCCGGCCCCCUCACCCAAGGUCCUAACCUCCAGGCCGACUUCGAAUACGGUCACCUGGCAGGCUCUUCAGGCUCCGGCUCCUGUCGAUUCUCAUUCCUGUCAACUCCUCUUGACGCAAUUAACGCCCGAGCCCGCAAGGACGGCUCUCUAGUCCAAUCCUACUUGAACAACACUCUCCUCACCACAGAGACCUUAGAACCUCCAUUAUGGAUUCCCCAACAGCCCGACGUCUGCCUUGUUUUCCUCAAGUCUUUCGCUGCUGAGGGUGAGGACCGGACUUCAUUGGACCUCGAUUGGAACGGAAAUGCCGUUGUGGAAGCGGUCGCCAACGUCUGCAAUAACACCGUUGUUGUCACAAACUCUGGUGGUAUCAACGUGAUGCCCUUCGCCGAUCACCCUAAUGUGACUGCUAUUCUGGCUCAGCAUUACGCCGGAGAGGAGUCUGGCAAUGCCAUCGCUGAUGUCCUCUACGGUGAUGUCAACCCAUCUGGCAAGUUGCCAUAUGUUAUUGCCUACAACGAGACAGACUACAAUGCUCCUUUAACCACCGCCGUGGAGACCAACGGCACCUGGGAUUGGCAGAGCUGGUUCGACGAGGAACUCGAAGUGGGAUACCGUUACUUCGAUGCCAACAAUAUCUCCGUCCGCUAUGAGUUUGGUUUCGGUUUGAGUUAUACCACCUUCGACCUGAAGAAUCUCAAGGCCAAGAGCUCCGCCCCCUCUAAUCUGACUGCUCUCCCUGCUAAGCAGGCUACCCAGCCAGGCGGUAACCCUGCCCUCUGGGAGACAGUCGUGACCCUCGAGGCGGAGGUCUCGAACUCCGGCGACAUCGAUGGCUUCGCUGUGCCGCAAUUAUAUAUUGAAUUCCCUGCCUCGACACCGGCUGGCACCCCACCAAACCAGCUCCGUGGAUUUGACAAGAUCCACCUCACAGCUGGCGAGAAGAAGACUGUCACGUUUGACCUGAUGCGUCGGGAUCUCAGUUACUGGGAUGUGACUGCUCAGGACUGGCGUAUUCCUACCGGAUCUUUCACUUUCAAGGCCGGGUUCAGUAGCCGCGACUUCCACGCGAAGAAAUCUGCGACGCUGAUCAAGGCAUGA